CAGACGCUGCGUUUAAUUUGUAAAUUGCAAACUUUAUAAAUUUGGCAGUUGACAGCUAAAAUGACACCAAUUACACUGAUACGAUGUUUCAGAGCUGCCCUGAUCGCACUUGUAAUAACAUACUUAUGUGUUCCGGUGAUCGGCGUAAACCGCAAAAUUCUUACGUUUUCCGGGCGACAAUGGUCUGUUCGCAAUCAAACUCAAGCUGGUCCCGGUCCCAACAACUGGGAUGAAACCAACAUGUUUCUCGAUAACAAAGGUCACCUGCAUCUGAAAAUUACCAAUCGCAACGGAAAUUGGUCCUGUGCGGGAGUCGCUGGCAUCGAACGCCUGGGAUUCGGUCGUUAUCAGUUCCAGAUUGAAGGGCGUAUCGACCGGCUGGAUAAGAACGUUGUUCUGGGAUUAUUCAACUACCCCCCGCGCGACGUCGGUCCUGACACAACCAAUGAGAUCGACAUUGAAUACGCUAAAUGGGGGAACGCCAACGCCAAAACGGGAAAUUUCGCGGUGUGGCCAUCCGCCUCGGGGAGGAAACAGACAUCGUAUCGGUUUGAUGCGACGCUAACAGGAUCGUACACGACGCAGUCGUUUAUAUGGCGCAAUGACACGAUUUUGUUCAGUGCGCAACAUGGACAUCAGAAUAAUAACCGGCUAAAUGAAUACGCUAGUUGGAGUUUUGCACCGGCAAGUUCACUGGAUAUUCCACAAAAUCCCAUGCCGGCGAUGAUGAAUCUCUGGUUGUUCAAGGGUGCACCACCGAGCGAUAUCCGCGAAGUCGAAAUUGUAAUUCAUUCUUUCAGCUUUAUCCCCUUUUAGAACAUAGUAAGAUAACGGAAUUUGUUUCCGAAAAAACACUGAUGCAAGAGUACU